GGGGAGGAUGUGAGCUCACUCCCGCCUCCAUGUUCCCGGAGUCGCCUGGAAGCGUCUGUCCGAGGUUGCGGACCGCCUGGGGAGUCCGCAGCGCGCCAGGCCCUUCCGGGCGCCGCACACAGUAGGUGCCAGCCUCAUGAGUUCGGAAUGAAGGCGGGCAGCAGCGAGAUCGACACAGAGCCCCGCCGGUAGCCGCCGGCGCCGCCCGGGCCCGCGCACGCCACACCGUAGCGCGCUUCCGGCCGGGCCACGUGACCGCGCGCGCACGUGUUCCGGCCUCCGCGUCGCCGCUGCGAGCCUCCUCCUGGUUGCCCCGGCAUUGGUCCGCCUGGAGCCGGCGUGGGCCGGGCCCUGGAGGCGGUGGCCCGGGGAGCGGCUGAGACGCGGGCGCCGAGCGUCACGGGGGAGCAGGCCUGGGCCAGUGGGCGGCAGCCUCCGACAUGAACCCCAGGGGCCUGUUCCAGGACUUCAACCCCAGUAAGUUCCUCAUCUACUCCUGCCUGCUGCUCUUCUCAGUGCUGCUGCCCCUCCGCCUGGACGGCAUCAUCCAGUGGAGCUACUGGGCCGUCUUCACCCCCAUAUGGCUGUGGAAGCUUCUGGUCAUCGCGGGCGCCUCAGUGGGUGCGGGCGUUUGGGCCCGCAACCCUCGCUACCGCACCGAGGGGGAGGCCUGCGUGGAGUUCAAAGCCAUGCUGAUUGCUGUGGGCAUCCACCUGCUCCUGCUCAUGUUCGAAGUCCUGGUCUGCGACAGGGUGGAGAGGGGCACCCACUUCUGGCUGCUGGUCUUCAUGCCUCUCUUCUUCGUGUCCCCAGUGUCCGUGGCUGCCUGUGUCUGGGGCUUUCGCCACGACAGAUCGCUGGAGCUGGAGAUCCUGUGCUCUGUCAACAUCCUGCAGUUCAUCUUCAUCGCCCUAAGGCUGGACAGGAUUAUUCACUGGCCGUGGCUGGUGGUGUUUGUGCCUCUGUGGAUUCUCAUGUCGUUCCUUUGCCUGGUCGUCCUCUAUUACAUCGUCUGGUCCCUUCUGUUCCUGCGGUCCCUGGAUGUGGUUGCCGAGCAGCGAAGAACACACGUGACCAUGGCCAUCAGCUGGAUAACGAUUGUCGUGCCCCUGCUCACUUUUGAGGUCCUGCUGGUUCACAGAUUGGAUGGCCACAAUACAUUCUCCUUCAUCUCCAUAUUUGUCCCCCUUUGGCUUUCCUUGCUAACUUUAAUGGCCACAACAUUUAGACGAAAGGGUGGCAAUCAUUGGUGGUUUGGCAUUCGCAGAGACUUCUGUCAGUUUCUCCUUGAAAUUUUCCCAUUUUUAAGAGAAUAUGGAAACAUUUCAUAUGAUCUCCAUCACGAAGAUAGUGAAGAUGCUGAAGAAACAUCCGUUCCAGAAGCUCCGAAAAUUGCUCCAAUAUUUGGAAAGAAGGCCAGGGUAGUUAUAACCCAGAGCCCUGGGAAAUACGUUCCCCCACCUCCCAAGUUAAAUAUUGAUAUGCCAGAUUAAGCUCCCAGAGAGGACCCAAGCACACAUAGACUCCACCUUGCCUUUGCCUCUUGUUCAUUCAUCCCAAACCUGGAAAUGGAAGCAGGCUCCAGACAGUGUCGUCUCACGCCCUGUUUGAAGUCGCUGCCUCAUCAGUAUGCAUCAUAGAUGGAGUUAUUUCCAUAUAUGGGUGUAUGUGGUGUGUACCUGGGUAAGAGAACUUGGCUUUCCAGGUUUGCACUCUCAGAUGUAGCUGGGGCAGUAAGCUGAAUUGUUUUAGUAGGUCCUUAAAAGGAGUAACUACACAGCUGUUUGUUUGUUUUUUUUUUUUUAAGUGCUACUGUACCUAUCAAAAAUAUUGUUUAAAAAGUAUUUUUGUACACUGCUAAUCUAAAAUUGUAUUUCAGAUUGUGCCUGUUAUGACAUAAUAGCAAAUGUAAAGAAUUCUCUUUCCCACCACUUGUUUAUAAACCUCAUAGUCGUUAUUUUUAGUGUUCCUACUGUUAAAAUACUUUCUCCUUGGGCUUUGCUGAUACUGGUCUUUGAUAUUCUGAUAGAUGAUUUUUUUUCUAUUGGAAUGAAUCCAUGCAUAUGUAGUAUUUAUAUGAACAUUUUAGCAGUGUAAUAUGUUGAAUUCUAGUUCUCUGCAGUACAAUGUAUUAUGUUAAAGUAUAUUUUAAAGCUUACAUGUGAAGAUA